AUGUCCCCUGUUCAAUCGUCAAAAGGUAGAGAGCAAUUGCUCUUAAAUGGCUACCGUUAUCGUAAUGGAACCGAAUAUGUCACGUUGACUGAGCAUAACCGUGCUCCCAAUCCAGAUGAAAUAACAUCUGUUGAAUUCAAAUCAAAGAUCAACGUACAUGCGAUUUCCUCUAACGAUGCGCCUAGAAGAAUCAUCCAUCGAGCUUUGCUCGAAGUUGAUCUCAAUGAUGCGUCAGCUGUUCCGAACUACAAGAACGCUCAACGCUUGGUUGAAAGAAAACGAAAAAAGAAUGCUAUUCCACUAUCAACACCAACAACAUUCGCAGAAAUCGAAAUUCCAGAAGAGUUGAAGUUAACCAAUGCUGGCGAUAUCUUCCUGCUGUACAACAACGAAAAGUACAACAACCGACUUAUUGUCUUAUCUUCACGGGAAAAUAUGACUCGAUUAUCAGCCUCCGAUCAUUGGCACGCCGAUGGAGCCUUUAAGGUGGCACCUAAACUAUUCUAUCAGCUUUACUCAAUACAUGGACAUAUUCACGGUCGAACGUUUCCUUUACUGUACGCUUUUCUGCCCGGAAAGUCCAAUGAUGUCUAUAGUGAAUUUUUCGACGUUGUCCAGCAACAUAUUAGUAAACAUCCCGCCUCGAUAACUGUCGACUUCGAACCAGCCGUCAGCAACGUCAUCAAGCAAAAGUUCUCAUCAACUGCCGUGACCGCAUGUUUCUUUCAUUUCAAGCAAAACUUGUGGCGAAAGAUUAGGGAUUUAGGAUUGGUAUCUUUAUUUCUGGAUGAGUCGCAGGUUCGAAUUCAGAUGAAGAACUUUGCUGUGCUGGCAUUUAUACCGACGGAUCAUGUUAUAGAAGAAUUUGAAAGGCUCGAGGAAGAGUCGUUAGGAUCAAUUAAUGAAUUCGUCGACUAUUUCGAGAAAAACUACAUCGGUCGUCGAGCUCGUUACAAUCACCGGCGUUCACCUCGAUUUUCGAUUUCGUUCUGGAAUUGCUUCGACCGUCUCGAUCAGCAACUUUUUCGUACUAACAAUCCACAAGAGGGUUGGCAUAACGCUGUUCAAAACUCUUGUCGCAAGCAUCCGUCUAUUUGUGAAUCGAUUCAAGAUUUGAAGACCGAACAGCACGCGCAGCUAAUCUUUGUUGAACAAGCAGAAACUGGAACUUCAAAAGUGCGGAAGCGUGCUACGUACGAGAAACUCGACGAACAACUACAGCAACUAGUGACUAAUUUCCAUUUAUAUCCUCGGAACGAGUAUUUUAAACGAGCCAGGGCUCUAUUUAAUUUUUAA